AUGAGUGGAAAAGAUAGCUUUUUUGUGGAAUGGAAAGAACAAUUUGUUUCACAAGAGCGUGGAAACCGCGUGGUUCACUAUUUCCUGAAAGAUUCUGCUGGGGAGUCCAUACUGGCGAUUGUGGGUACUGAGAGGAGUGUUAGACACAUGUUCUAUGUCGUUGCUGAGGAGUUUGUGCAAGCUUAUGGUGCCGAAAACGCGAUUCAUACUGGCUUUAAAUGGAGGUCGAGGAGAGAGGUUGUAGAUUGGCUUACAUCUAUGCUAUCAAAGCAGAAUGUACAAGGGGAUCAUUCCAAUUUGAAAAAAUGUGAUCUAGGACAAGCUUUGGAAUCACAAGACUUUCCUGUGACUAGUUCUGGUGGACAACAUACGCAGGGCCGACACUUGAGGAUUGUGAAUGGACAUCGUUCAGAAAUCGUAUGGUCUGGAGUUGCUUGGACUUGUGGGAAACAGCUCAAGCAUUUCCCAGCAUUUUGCAGGAAUGGAACAACUAUGGCAGCUCAAUCAUUCGUCUUUGUGAUGGCUGAAGGAGAGAAUCAUUAUGUUGCCUAUUUGGAAGACAUGUAUGAAGACAGGAGGGGUCAGAAAAAAGUCAGAGUAAGAUGGUUUCACCGUAACCAGGAAAUCAAGGGUAUGGUUCCUCUUCGAAGUGCUCAUCCGAAAGAAAUUUUCAUGACACCAUAUUCACAAGUCAUUAGUGCUGAGUGUGUUGAUGGUCCUGCCACUGUUUUAACUCGUGAACAUUAUGAGGAAUGUGUGGCUUCCAUUCCUAGUUCAUUUUCAGCCAGGAUUCAUUUAUGUUUCCGACAGUUAAGGAGCAAUAAAGUAAAACCUUUUGAUUUGAGUAAGCUUCGUGGCUACUUUGAUCAACCCGUUCUCUCUUGCUUGAGUUCAAAGCGUUUUCUUGAGGCCGACGACACCGGACAUGGCACAAAUGAUGAAGAAGAUGAAGAGUUCAGUGCAGGCGAAAAUGUAAAACUGGGAGUGAAAAGGGCCAGGAUCAUUGAAGGGCGUAGAAAUAUCGAGAAGGAUGGCAGCCAGAUGGCUGGUUUUCAAGCAUUCUACUCAGCUUUAAAACCCGGGAUUUCUGGCAAGCGACUGCUUCCUCUGAAUAAUGUUGAGCUUAAUCCUUGGAGCACUCCACUAUUAAAUGUUAAUGAGAAGAUUGAACAUUUAUGCCAAGAUAGUGGGAUAAGGGGAUGCUGGUUUAGGUGUACAGUUCUGCAGGUUUCCAGAAGACAAAUAAAAGUUCGAUAUGAUGACUUGCGGGACGAAGAGGAGUGCGGAAACCUUGAGGAAUGGAUCCCAGUUUUCAGAUUGGCGGGGGCUGAUAAACUUGGCAUGAGACGUUUAGGCCGCCUAACUAUCCGGCCAGCGCCUUCAGACAAAGAAACAAACCUGACCCUUGAGGUUGGGUCUGCGGUUGAUGCUUGGUGGAGUGAUGGCUGGUGGGAGGGUGUUGUGACCAGUGUUAACAAUACCAGCAAUGAUGUACAAGUUUACUUUCCUGGUGAAAAGUUUGUUUUGAACAUGCAAAGAAAUUAUAUUAGAACCUCCCAAGAUUGGGUGGAUGAUCAGUGGAUAGACAUUCAGCCAAAACCAGACAUACUCUCAGCAAUAUCCGCAACUAUAAAAUUGCCCAUUUGCUCAACUACCGCAAUGGGCAACAGAUGCAACAACACACCUGCACCCUGUGCUGAAAAUGAUCAAACAGAUAAUAUUGAAGAUGAAAAAACUGCUGAAACUACAUUGAUAAGCUCUGAUGGUGUUGAGGAAGAUAUGGACUCUGACAAUCUUAGCCAGCCUACAUCAACUGACGAACCUAUGGAAUGUGGUGAUGGUAGACAGUCUAUACCGAGUGACAAGGGCCGUGCAGAUUGUGUUGAUGAUAUUUCAGCCAAUAAUAACAAUAAAGAAGAGGAUGAGAAUCCGUCCAAUGACAGUGUUGCUCCAGUUGAUGGAGUUGCUGACAUGGAAGUUACUAAUGAGGUUGUGGAGAAGAAAGUUGGUGCUGAUGAUAACAGCAGUGAGAAACUGGAGAUGGAGGUGUUUCCUUCUUCUGGUAACAAUUGCAAGUCUAUAGAACUCAUGGAAGUCUCGUCAUAA